UUUGCCUUUUGAUAAAAACAGAAGACUGGAGUAUCAGUUUAGUAGCAAUAAGUAAAACAACUUCUAAAUGCUUAACUAUGCCUUUUUGAAGAUAGGUUAGUAAUAUUUUCUGGUUGCUGAAUUAAUUGAGCAAGAACAUCUUCUAUGUCUUUUAGAUCACUUAAGUGAGAACUGGGAAUCCAGAGAGUCACCUCAGAUAAUAAGAAAUAUCAUGGCUGAACCAGAUUACAUAGAUGAAGACAAUCCUGAACUGAUUAAGCCUCAGAAACUAAUUAAUCCUGUAAAAUCAUCCCGGAAUCAUCAGGAUCUUCAUCGAGAACUCCGUAUGAAUCAGAAAAGGGGUCUUGCUCCACAGAACAAGCCAGAGCUCCAAAAAGUGAUGGAAAGACGAAAAAGAGACCAGGUUUUCAAACAGAAGGAAGAGGAAGCACAGAAGAAGAAAUCAGACUUGGAAAUAGAGCUUCUCAAGAGACAACAGAAAUUAGAACAGCUUGAACUUGAGAAGCAGAAAAUCCAGGAGGAGCAAGAAAACGCACCUGAAUUUGUCAAAGUGAAAGGCAACUUGAGAAGAACAGCCCAAGAAUCACCAGAAGCUCCAAACUCCUAGAGGAGGAACUUUGUUAAGACUUGAAGCUGCAGCCCCAGUGGCGGUGGGGGAGUGACUUCUACAAGAUGUCUGGCCCAUUUGCCCUGGAUCUGGUGAAAAACAUGGUCAAUACAAGGUCAAUUUCUGGAACCGGUGUGAAUUGAUGACUGCUUGAAAGUCAAAACUUGCCAGUAAUAAUAUGGAGAUCAGAGGAUAAACAAGCAAUCAGCUUUCCUAUCCAAAAUAAGAUAGGGAAUUCAUUUGAGUUGUUGGAUUGCUUAUUUACUCCUGAUCAUGCUUAAUGAGCAUCUCAGGCUAGCAUGUCUGCAUUUUUCCUCCUCGGUCCUACUUUGUGGAGUUCUGCUAUGCAGAAAAACAAAGUGCUCUGAAACCACUUUUUAGUUGUAUUCUGUGUGGAAACCUGGCUUCAGAAAUGGAGCUGCCCAUUUCCAUCUUUUGUGUAAAUAGAAAUUCCUUUAGACUUGAAGCUGGAUUUAUCCCAUCUAUUGCUAGUGUGUAGGGUGUACCACCAUGGCUAUGAGGGAAACUGAAAAAGGGAGAAAGAGGGAGAUGCACCAUUCUCAGUCAUUAGGUUGCUAAAAUGUAUUCUUUGUCACUUCUGCCGUUGUAGUGCAAAACCAUCUGUUUCCCUACAACGUUCACAGGGUGACUAAACCGUUUUUUUCCCCUCUCUACACCCAACUUUGCUAUGCAGCAUUCUGCUUUAUCGCUGAUUCUUCUGACAAACGCUUUGGUUGCUAGGUCUACGUUGCAGCUGGCGUUUACUUUUAUGAGGGUUUCAGAAAAUGCAUGGCUGCGUUUCUGCUUCUCAGCUGUAUUGCUUCUGAACCCAAGUUCGAAAACAGUUUGUGGGACAGCCUGAGAGCCUCCUGGUCAAAGAAGAAGUAACAACUGCUAAAAAUAGUUCUGCACACCUUUUUUCGUGUCCUGUGCGGUUUGGUUACUUUCUUUUAAGGUUAACAAACCAAGCAAGUUUGGAAUAAUGUUGUCAGACCUUGACUGAGGAGUCGAAUACUUAAAAACUUGAAAUCUUCUUUAUUUUCAUGCUUUUCCAUGAAAUCCAGUUACAGUUCCACCUGGAGGCAAGCCAAUUCUUUGCCUGGUUUCCCUUUUGGACUAGUGAGAAUUCCAUUGAGAGGCAAGGACAAAAACUAUGUAUUUCCAGGAAAAAUCUCAGGGUGGGACUUUCUUCCAACAGUCCUAAGCUCUAGUUUACCCAGUGGCAUCUGCAACAGGGGAGUCAAAAAAGUCAAGAUGGCAGCUGUGACCAUGUGACCAAAGCCUGUCCCCUUUUAUACAUGUCACAAAAGGAGCAGAGCUUUGAUCACGCAGUUGCAGCUUCCAUCUUGACUUUGUAGAAAUCCCCACCCCCACCCCACAGAGAACCCUGAAUUGGCUCCAAUUUUUUGUCCAACAUUUCUGGCUAGAUUUGGCUAUCUUUUAAACGUACCUCUUGAUAGUUGACCCUUUAUAGGAAUUCAAAGAGCAAGCCAUAGUUUUCUAUGAUCUUUUUGUCACUUCAGGAAUUCCAGCUACAUACUCUGCUGGCUAGGGGUGAUGAGGAGCUGAUGGGAUUUUAGUACAAUCUAUCAGGAGAACAUAAUUUGGCAAUGGUUAGCCUGUACAUCAUCAAUGGGACAUGAUACAUAGAUGGCGUUUUACUUUAUUAUUUUAUUUUUUUAACCUAGUUUCAGAAAACUACUGAAGUCUAGACACACACAUUCUGGAAACAAGGCUAACCUAAGCAUGGAUAGGGAGAACUAGCAAGUGUGAUCAGUGUAGCCUAACCUUGAUUUUAGUUCAUUUAUGUGAGUGCUUGUCACAUGUAUGUAAGGUUUCUCGCACUUGAGCAUUUGGGUUUGCAGAUUGCUGUAAACCCUCAGAGCUAGUUUUCAUUAGUGAUCAGAAUAUGUAUAUAGAAAGUUAGCAAUAUAAAAUCCUAUUCAAUAACUACUUAAAUUGGAUCAGGCCCACAGUCUCCAUUUCAUCUUCUUUUUAAUCCUUGAGAGUGUUUAUACCAGUAGCAGCUGAUAUGAGUAAGUGAUGUGUUUAGUCAUGGCUGAAGGUGCUGGAAAUUAGGAAAAGCAUUUCAGCCCCGGUCUUGGGACUGACAACAAGCAAUCUUGCCUUUGGUGUGAAGCUUCUCAAGGUGUCAGGAUCCAGGCAUUGGAUUUUGAGAAUAAAAUCACAUCAUCAAUCCAAGCCAAUGAGAAAUAGGUUUCUCUGAGAUUUAAUUUACUUCUGAUUUAAAUCCUGACAAAAGUUAUUUUAUCACUGACUUCGAUUUAUAUAGGGUCAUGUCUUUCUAGAAUUGCGCAAAGGCCUUGAUGAAAAAUGUGCUUCUGGAGUGCUUUGCCACGUAAAGGUAAAACUAGAGAGCUUGCUUUUUGAGAAAGUGGGCUUCUCUUACAACACGGAUAUGUGACAAUUCCACCUUUAAUUUCUUCUUUUUGGACUGGAGGCAAAUAGAUCACACACCUGUACUGCCAUUGGAUUUGCCACUAAGUCUUUCCCUUCCCCUUCUCUACAUUUAAUCUAAGUUUGUCCACUGCAGCAAGAAUUUGGAGGUGGUGGGAACGCUCAGAACACUUUGGGUUCUCUUUUGGGGAGAAGAUUUGCCUUAAAGCAGUGUUUCUCAACCUUG